CAUUGCUACGUGACCAGCAUGCGUCGUUUCAUUCAUACAACUUCAAUGAGGUCGUACUAGUUACCUAAAUUAUUUUAAUACGUGUCAAUUACUUAUCCAUUCACGGGUAUCUUGUGUUUCAAAUAAUGACGCUUAGUUUUGAGUUUCCGAAUAUGCGGAGCUAGCAUGCUAGCCUUAGCACGCGUAACCUAGAUCGAUAGCUAAAUAAACAUGCUUUCACCUUUCAUCUACUUUCGUAAAGCCCUGCCGCGCUUGGAUUGAUUGUGUUCCGUGCCCUCUUUACACGGACACAACUUUUUAAGUGUAAAAUAGCGUAAAGGUUAAAGAAAUGUUGAGGCGUUCGUACGCCAGCAUCAUUGAACGAGCGUCAAAAAGAGGCAGCAACUUCCCCAACGCGCCACAGUUUCGCUUCCUCACGGAGUUCCUCAAGCAAGCACGCCAGCAUCGACACUCUUCAUCUUUCUGGGGUUUGUCGCCAAGACGCGAGCAGAAAUUGUUGACAGGUGUCUCCUUGAAGACUCAAAGUGGACUUCAGCUAUCAACACAUCAGGAUUUUGACUUUCAACCCAGUUCAGGGCAGAUCGAUGGCAUUCUGCGAGCAAAUGAGCAGAGUGUGAUCGUGCCAUCGUAUGACGGGCUCAAUCUUGUACGAAAGUUUGAGAGCAACCAGUUGGCUGCCAACAACCCGAAUGAAGACCGCCGCAGCGCAGCCACCUGUUUGCAAACGAAGGGAAUGCUCUUCGGCGUGUUCGACGGCCACGGCGGCUGGGCGUGCGCGCAGGCGGUCAGCGAGCGCCUGCUUAACUACAUCGCCGUCGCCAUGAUGUCCAAGCACAGCCUGGAGGAGCUAGAAAUUUGCACGGAACACGGCAGGCCCGUCCCGCCCAUCCUGCAGUGGCAUAAGCACCGCACCGACUUGAAUCAUAACGACUCGGCUUCGCUCUACGCCCACCAUCUUCGGGUCUUCUGGCAGGAGCUGCUGGAAAGCCAGGAACACGAGGAAGGCAUGUGCCCAUCGGAUGCCAUGCAUUACGCUUUUAAGCGUCUGGAUGCCGACAUCUCUUUAGAGGCUCAAGUUCCACUGGACAACGAUAUGAUGAGGAACACAGCCAUUCAGGUCGCCUUUGCCGGGUCCACGGCCUGCGUGGCUCACGUCAGCCCAGACGGCAUCUACGUGGCAAACGCCGGUGACUGCAGAGCGGUGCUGGGCGUUCAAGAGGAGGACGGUUCGUGGACCGCCGUGCCCCUCUCGCAGGACCACAACUGCCACAAUUUGGCUGAGCUCCAGCGAAUCAGGGCCGGGCACCCGCCCUCGGAAAGGGAGACUGUAGUCACGGACGACAGACUGUUAGGGGUAUUGAUGCCCUCGCGAGCGUUUGGAGACGUGAGAUUCAAGUGGAGCCACGAGUUGCAGAGGAGUAUUUUAGAGUGCGGUGCUGACGUAUAUGACUACACCCUGCCCAACUAUCUGACGCCGCCCUACCUGGACGCCAUUCCAGAGGUGACAUACCACAAAGUGGGGGCGCGGGACCGUUUCCUGAUCCUCGGUACCGACGGCCUGUGGGACGAGCUGAGGAGCCAAGACGCCGUUCGGUUUCUUGGCGAGCAUCUGAGCGCUGCCCAACUGCAGACUCCCAUCGCUCAGUCGGAGCGUCGGCUUAAGCUGGGUCAGCUACACCGGCUGCUGCUCAAGCGUCAGUCCCGCGCCCAGCCCGCUCCGGACGCCAACGGCGCCACGCACCUGAUCCGGCACGCGCUGGGCACCGGUGAGUACGGCGAGCUGUGCCACGAGAGGCUGGCCACCAUGCUGGCCCUGCCGCAGGACUUGGCCCGUAUGUACCGCGACGACAUCACCGCCGUCGUUGUCUAUCUCAACACGGACUUGCUAGCUUAAUACCAAAAAAAAUGUGAAUAUUUGUUGCAUAUGCGCCGUAUGUUCGUUCAAAAAGGAUUGGACGUCUUGCACCGUUAUUGACACUGAAAGAUGAGCAUUUACAGCCUCUCAGUUUGAUUGGACGUCCGCUACUGUCAAACAGUUAAAUACUAUGAAAAUAAAAAAUGUAAAGUCUUUUGAGUGUCAUUGCAGGCCAGUGUUUUAAUCAUAUUGGAUUAUUAUAUUUAUUCAUUAAACAUGCAGUCCCUGACAAAAGUCUUGUCGCUUAUCCAUUUUGAGAAACCAUUACUAAUAACUAGGGGUGCACGAUAUCAAUUUUUUGAAACCGAUAUCGAUAACCGAUAAUAUAUAAUUUUUUAAAAUGUACCGUAUUGGCCCGAAUAUAAGACGGUGUUUUUUGCAUUAAAGUAAGAAUGAAAACUUGGGAGACGUCUUAUAACUGCGGCCUAAAAAAAAAAAAAAAAAAAAAAAACUGCGGCCUAGACAUAUACCCAUUCACGACGCUGGAUGGCGCCAGUCAUCAAUGAAUCGAAUGCUGAACUUCAGUUACAGUUAGACUUCACUUUGAUAAUUAAUGCAGUUAUUGCAAUUUUGUUUUAUCACAAUAUUUUUUUCUUAUUUAUAUUUCAAAAACCAGAAGCCAUUCAUUUAUGAAUUUGAUUGCACUUUAGUUUACAUAUUUAAAUGUUAAAUGUUUAAAUGUUCAGAUAUUGAGUUUUGAAUGCGAAAUUAAAUGCCUUUUCUCUCAAAUAUAUUGUUAUAAUCAUUUGUUUCAGAUGUAUUGUAAUUAUUUUCUGUAUAAAAAUUAAUUUGGUGUUCAAAAAGUCUUUUUUCAAACUUGAGUCUUGAAAAAGAGGGGGUCGUCUUAUAAUCGGGGUCGUCUUAUAUUCGGGCCAAUACGGUAUAUUCACCGGAGGUUUUGAACACCAGGAAUAUAAAAAAAUAAUAAGAAUGGUGGAUUCAACAUAGAUUUGCCUUUGACCUCACCAGAAUUUUCAUAAUGACAUGAACAUUAUUAUAAUGAACAAAACAAAGACAAGAACAGUCUUGACUUCAAAUAAAGUGCCAAUAUUUUUUUCAAAUAAAUAUCAUUUGAUUCAAUCACAAUCAUUUAGUCAAUAUAAUUGAAGAUGUGUUUCCUGAACAAUGAGCACUCAACUAAAACAUAAACCCAACAGGUAUUGUGCUUAGUCAUCAGAUAAAAAAUAUUUGGUGGUACAGGAGACUGUUGUGGUCUUGGUCCAUGAAACAACUUUCUUAACCUGGGAGGCACGUUAGGACAGCAAGUCUAUCAAUAACCAAAAGGCCUCUCAAUAAGUUACUAACUUAUAACCCUGUAAAAUGCAAACAUUAUAUAGCAAGGUUUGUCACUCAUUCCUCAUAACAAAAAUAUGGUAGAACAAAAAGGAUUAAUGGCUUUCCUUAUAAUAAUCGAUAUAAACGGCAGUGAGUGAACCCAUAUUCAAAUAAGUAUGAGGUUUCUUCUCUGCAUAGUAUAAAAUCCUACCAAGGAUGCUGACAGGACUAACAUUACACGACAACUAUUUUAUGUAUGUAUAGCAUAGUACACUAGCUUGAGCUACUAGCCUUAAGCAUUGGCUGGCUUCUAUAACACAACAACUUAUGAAGUUGUGUACAUAUGGCCCUUCACCACCAAAGUAAACCUAUAUUGCACAUCCAUAUGUUAUAGUAAACAUAAAUACUUAGACAUAUAUCUGAGGCGGUAACGUAAGUAACAGAAAGCAUUCACGAUUGUCAUUGCUACCGCUAGACACAGCACUGUGUAAAGUGAAUGAGUUUGUGGGCCAAAUUAUAUAUGCAGUGAAAUAUUCUGACCGGCAGGUGGCAGCAAUGCCCUGCAAAUGCUCAAAUGAUUUCAAGCCAUCCAGCACAGUCAUAUUAAGGGCGCUCGGGAAAGGAAAGGAAAAUUAUAAUCAAAUUAUGCCGAAUAAGUAAUUUAGUAUGCCCAAAUACCUACCCUAUGACUGAAGGUCUUCAGUCAAAUUUGCGCUCCUAAUGCGGUAGGCGAGAUCUCAGGUCUCUUAAGUUAUUGCCAUUUGUUGCGGCCUGCCUCGACAGUUCAGUCAUCUGCCACGACAGUUCCGCCACCUGGCGCAAGAUAGUAUCCACUUUUCUUCAUCCGUCCUCGGACCGAACCGUGAGUCCAUGGAACCAGUUCUCGAUCUGAGCCUCGACGCGUUCCUCCAAUGCCUUGAAUCACACCAUUUGUUCCGUGGUCAAUUUGUUGAUUUCCUUGAAGGCUACCGUCUAUGGAGGACCAGGAGUGCAAAAAUACAAUAAAUAAAUACAAAAUUAAAUAAAAUUAAACGUGUCAUUAAAAUGCUUCUAUUU